GUAUGAAUCUAAAAAAACUAUAUUAUAGAGCUCAAUUCCUAAUGAUGGUUAAUAAUGUAAAAUUCUAAAAUUUAUGUACUACGUAGUAUUGAAUAAAGAAGAAAGUGGGUGAAAAAUAUCUGAAGCAAUUCACCACCUAUACGGAUGUUCCAUUAGAUUUUAGAAUAGAGAACAUCAGAACAGAGAAGCAAUUCAUCAUACAUACAGAUGCUCCGUUAGAUUAGAAAACACGGAUUACAGAAAUAGAGAAAUGAAGAAUUAAAGUAGCACCUCUACUACCUGGUAUAGUAGUAGCAUAAUAUCCCCACCCCACCGAUUCGGAAAAAGCAUCAAAUUCCCAUUCUGCGUCUGAGAAUUGGGAUGCUCUGAUCACACACAUGCAUGCUCAAGCUAUACAUACUCUGUCUUAUCUUCAUUCUCCCUCUGCUUACUCGCUCUCUCUUUCUUCUAAACUUGCUUAGUUUUCUUUUGCCUGUAAUUGCCAACACCGUCUCAUUUUCGGCUCUUCUAGAUCAAGUCCGCUCCACAAUUACAUUCUUAAUGUUAAAUUUCUGACCCCAUUAGAUCCAGUUCCGGAAAAUUGGAUGGUAUUGGAAUCAAGCCGGAGGAAUAGGGGAGCUGCAGAUAGAAGCCAAAACCUGGAAACAAAUGGCUGAUAAUUUGGUUCCUGAGAAGCCUCGCAGCUUCAUCCAUAACGGUGAUGAUGAUACAAGGCAUGUAACCCUUCAGGGUAGGGAUAGUGAACAGACUUGGUCUUCUCCUAUCGUGGAUCAAGGUCAGUUGAACGCCACAUACCUUGCAUCUUCAUCUACCCGCCGCUACUCCUGCCUUGUCGUCGGGAAUUACUGCCAUGAUGUUCUGUUCAAAGAUAACAGCGUCAUCACAGAAUCCAUUGGGGGCGCCACCUCCUUUAUCUCUUCUGUGCUUGAUGGAUUCAAUGUCGCGUCAUGUUAUGUUUCCAAGGUGGGCCCUGAUUUUGCUUACCCCGUUACCCACCGGCCUCUAGUUUCAUCUUCUUCGCGAACAACUGUAUUCCAUGCCUAUUUCUCAUCUGAAAUCAAGCGCCAGGAUCGGAUUCUCAAGCGGGUUAGGGCAUGCGAACCGAUCUCACCCUGUGAUCUCCCUAACUCAAAAUUCGAUUUUGGGUUGGCCGUCGGUGUCGGCGGGGAGAUUUUACCCGAAACCCUCGAGCGGAUGAUCGAUAUAUGUAAGACAGUCCUUGUAGAUAUCCAAGCGCUAAUUCGGAUCUUUGACCCAGCAGACGGAACAGUGAACCACGUUGACCUGAAUCAAACAGGGUUCUUUUAUCUACUCCCUAGAAUAGGAUUUCUGAAGGCCUCAUCAGAUGAAGCACCGUUCUUGGAUGUGGAGGAGGUGAGGAAACAGUGUUGUGUGGUGCUGACCAAUGGCAAUGAGGGCUGCAUGGUGUUUACUAAAGAUUCAGAGCUAAAGAUUGCACCAUUUCCUACAAUUCAAGUUGAUCCAACUGGAGCUGGGGAUAGCUUUUUGGGUGGAUUAGUAACCGGACUUACUCGUGGAUUAACCGUGCCCGAUUCUGCACUAUUAGGGAACUUGUUCGGGUCGCUGACUGUCGGGCAAAUGGGGCAUUCUAAAUUUGACCCUCGGCUGGUACAGAGAGUUAAAGAAGAGGUGGAUAAGAGGAGAGAGGAUCAUUUUGAUGGCCUGCAGUUUUUUAGAGCUCUUGAUGCUGCGAGAUCAUCAUCUCUUGCUGGAAGCUUUCUCCAGAAAAGUAAGAGGGAAUUACCAAACAACACUAGUGGAGCAAAGUGCAAUGAUCAAUCUUUGCUUCCUUCCAUCUGUGAAAAAGAAGAACCUCAUUCAAUCAGUUGAAAAACAAAACCGCUAUUUGGUUAUAAAGAUAUACGUAGUAUAUAUAUACUUUCCCUCCACGUCCCCUGUCUGAAAUUAGUUGGUUUAUAAAUAAAGCUUAUGGAGAUCAAAAUAUAUUUUUUAAAAAAUUAUAUUUCAUGGUUUCCUAAUUAUUAUAGUUUAAUUAUGAUACGAAGUAUAACAUACUCAUUGAUGGCAAACGCAUUUGUCAGG